AUGAAUAUUGGAAAGUUGAAUGAUAAAAAUCCGAUAAAGAUAGGAUAUUAUGAUCCAUUCGACGUAUACCCUUUAAUUCGAGAUGAGUUAAUUAAAUAUUUACCAUUGACUAAUCUACAUAUUAAAUUAAACUCAAAUCCAACAAAAACUAUUAAUAAAUUGCCGGUUGAUUUAUUCGAGGAGGUGCCCAAAAAAGAUCAAUAUAAUAAUACCCAUCCAGAAAAUGUGUAUCUUCGAUUAAUGUUUAUUAAAAUUGAUAGUUUGGAUAAGUAUAGAAAUCAAGUACGUCCUUUAAUUAGAGAAUGGUUGAAAAAUUUAGUAUUUAAACUAAAGACGUCAUGGAUGAUUAUAUUUUAUCAAUCACAAGAAUCAAAAGAAUCAAGUUCAUUGAUCAAAACUUCCUAUUUUGAUAAAUUACAAAAAGAUUUUGGUGUGGAUGGGAAAGAAUUAGAUACGAUACUACCUAAUUCAACAUCGAGUUUAACUUCAGGGCAUUGUUUUAAAUAUAGGUCAAAUGUAAAUGAGUUUAUAAUUCAGUUGAAAAUUACAUUAAUUAAUGCAUUUAUCAGUCAACAUGAUCUAUUUAAUGAAUGGAUAAAGACUCGGAAAUCAAAUAGUUUUGAAAGGUUAAUUGCAGUAUAUAAAUUAGGUGAAUUAUUUAAUGAGAUGAGAUUAUUUCAAGAAUCUAAUGAUAUUUUUAAUGAAUUGGAGAGUGAAAUUGACAAUGUGGCUCAACUUCAUCCUGAUUUACUUAAUUAUGAUAUAGAUAUUGAUCAAUUUGAGAUUGAUAAAUUCGAGCAGAAGAAUUUAAAAGAAAGUUUAUAUCAGGAGACUAUCAAUUUGUUUGAUUUGAAAUGUUUGAUAUUCAUUAAUCAGUCACUAAUACUACAAAAACUAGCUAUAAAUUUAACAAACUCAGUUGGUUCAAAACAUAUAUGUAAGUUGUAUCAGAAAUUAAUGAUAUUUCUCAAUUUAAUACAGAGGAACACAAGUUUAAAAUUUGCAGAGUUUGAAUAUCGAUUAAUUGAUUAUUAUUUAAACCUACCUAUUUUAUCACAGAAGUUUAAUACUGAAGAUUCGAAAGAGUUAAUUGAAUGUAAAGCAGAAUUAAAAUUAUUUCAAAGAUCAAUUGUAUGCAAAAUUGGAAAUUUGAAUGGGAUAUAUAUAUAUCAACUACAAUAUGAUGAAAUAUCACUUGAAGAAACCAAGGAACAAAAACCAGAGAACAAAAGUACUUUGUUCAAAGAUAAGUCGGCAUAUCGUGACAGAUUUGAAUCAAUUACCGAAGAUGUAAUUAAAGAUUUCCUAAUUUGUAAUAGGUCAAAAUCAAUAGAUGUUUUAUCUAUAGACCUUGCAUUACUUAAUUUCGAUAAGGCAAAUUAUCAACAAUGUUUAGAUAUAUUAGAUAAUUCAUAUGAUUUCUUUAUUGAUAAUGGUUGGAAAUUUCUUGGUGGGAUAUUAUUGGAAAUUUAUUUAAAGUGUAUCGAGGAGACAAAUCCAGAAAAUACUGAUGAAAUACUAAAAACUUGUUUGAAAUUAUUAUCUAUAUUGAAUUCAAAUAGUAAUUUUAAUGCAAUUCGAUUAAUUAAAGAUAAAUCACAAGUUGAAAAACUAUAUACUAAAAUAAAUCAAUAUUCAUUAGAUCAAGAGAGUGUUAUUGAAUGCUCAUUGCUGGAAUUCUUCAAGACUGAUUUGGUACCGUAUAUAUCAGCAGAUGAAGAAUCAAAUAAAGAUGAAUAUUAUAUUGAGUUGGAAGUUUUAAAUUCAUUUGGAAUUAAAUUUAAUUUCUUGAAUGUCAAAUUGGUAGUUAUUAAUGAUGAAGGGACAGAAAUGACUUUUCUGAUUAAUGAUGUUGAAUUGGAUGCCAAAGCAGUUUUCAAAUUAGUCACUAAUCAUUUUGUUAUUGGAAGUUUUGCACCUUUGAAAUUGAGUAUACAUUUAAAUGAAAAAUUAAAGUUGGUGUUAGAUUACGGAAAGAAAGACAUUCAAAUCCACAAUGCUUCUUUUAAUGAUACAGGAAUUGAAAAUAAUACAACAAGGGAGAAAAUUUCGACUGGUCCAUUAUUAGCAUAUCAAAAUUUGAAAAAAUUUAGAGCAAAUUUCCAAGCUUCAAAUAUUGUAAAAUUGGGAACUUCAAAUGUUGUAUUAAAAAUUGAAAAUAAGAAUAAUGAAAUUAGGAAUGUGGUUAUUAAUUUAGGUUCAACUACAGCGGGAUUAACUUUAGAGAACUCAGUAUUAAAACUAGAGAAACUUGAAGGUAAUGAAAGAAAAGACUUCAAUAUUCCUUAUACUUAUACUAGUGAUGAUAGGAUAAUUAACGUACGAGCUACUAUAACUUACAAAUUAAACGAUGAGAAUUAUUCAUUCAUGAUAUCUUAUGAUAUUGACACUAAUCUAUCCAUAUCAGUUUCUGUUCAAGAUAUAUUUAAACAAGAUUUCAUAUAUUCAAAAUUUCAAAUUGGUACUUCAAACUCAAAAUUCCCAAUCAAGAUGUUGAAUUAUGAAUUAACUAAUGAAAAUUAUGAGAUUGAAUCACCAAUGAAUAAAUUAGAUGAAAUAGUAUUGUUUGGAGAACAACCAGCAUCAAUAUUUUACAAAAUUAAACCAAAGGAGAACUAUAAAGCUACUGCUAAAGAUGUUUUGCAAUUAGUUAUAGAUUAUAGAAAUUUACAAGAUGAAUGUGAAUUAUACUUAUUUAAUCAUAUUUUUGAGAAAUUACAAGCCAUUGAAUUGACUAAAUAUUGGUAUUUAAUCAAGGAUAUAAUUUUGUUACAAGCUAAAUUUGACUUGAAUAAUUAUGCAAUUAAUGAUAGUUUAAAAUUAGUAAAUGAUGAUGAAUUUAUUUCAUUAUCAAACAAGAUUAUAAAUCAAUAUAUCCCACUAGGUAAUCAGAAAUCAAUUACUGAUAUCCUACAAUCUUCAGUCAAGAACACAAACGAUAUAAAUAUAACAUCAGCAAUUUAUGAUAAAAAUCAAUUGAUUAUUGAUGUUGCAAAACCUGUUUUAAAAUAUUUACAAGUUAUUGAAUAUAAACACGAAAAACAAAUGUAUAUAGUGGGAGAACCAAUCAAUGUGGAACUCCAAGUUAAAACUAUAACUAAAUGGUCAUUAACUGAAGAAGAUCAACCCGAAGAAGAGCCACAAGUUUUAGCAUCUUCAUCACCUACUCGAAAUGGAAAUAACACUCAUUCUACAAGUGAAUUUCAAAUCAGUUUACAAAAUGAUGAUAAUUGGUUAAUAUCAGGAUUUAAGAGAUAUACAUUCAAACCAGUGAAUGAUAAUAUAGUAAAAUUGGAUUUGAUUUUAAUUCCAUUAAAUAUUGGUAAGAUAUUAUUACCUAAAAUAUUAAUAAAGAAUUUAAAUAACGAUGGUUAUUCUUCAAUUGAUAUUGAAUUUAAGAAUGGUAAUGAGACUAUGUUAAUAGUACCCGAGGUUAAUAAUAUAACGUUUUCCUUUUAG